AUGUCAUUGUGUUGUUCUUCUUCGUGUCUGCAUCCCACCAACUGCCACUUGUCAAGACCAAUAUUUCUCCUCCUACUAUGCUCCAUUCUUCUCCUCUUUUCUCAUCAUCACGACGGCUCUCUUUUCCAUCUAUCAUCCCAUGUCUUGGCAAAACAACAACAACAAGGAAGUACCAGCUUUAAAAUUUCUCAACAAAGCUCUCAUCCUCUCUCUUCCAACUUUUACAAUUACGGACUCUUCAAUCUCUCCUUCUCCGUUGCACAGAAUUAUCCCAUUGAAUUACGACUUGCCAAAUCCGACAAUACCUUUACCACUGCUCCAUUAGGUGCCACACGAAUCAAUCAACCCGAGUUCGAUGGCACUUUCCGAAUCACACCUUUAUCCAUCUCUCCAAAUGAUCCAUUUCAAAUUGUUCUUUACAAUAAUAAUAAUCAAGAAACAACAGUCACAUUGUAUCGAUUUUCUGAUGUGGUUUAUCAAACGUAUGGUCAGCAACAGGAUCAAGUGCUCUCACUGUACAUGCCUUCGCAGAGUGUCGAACGAUUGGUGUGUUCAUCUUUGAGUUCAACGUCAUGUGUCAAUACGAAAUCGAAUCAAUUUCAAUUCACUUUGGGACCGAAUGGAAAAGCAAAUUUCACACACUAUCCCAUGAAGAUUCAAUUUGCUUAUUCGUUGAAUCGAGAAUUGUCGGAUUCUCCUGCGGAUGUACUCUAUGAUGAAUUUGUGUUGAGUAGUGAUCAGGAUCGAGUGACGAAAUUGUAUUCUGUUGGAUCGUCUGCAAAGUCCAUGUAUAUGGCUGUCAAAUGUCUGAAUCCAUCGGGAACAGUGUGUAAUUUUGCAUUUUCUGUGAGUAAUCGAUUGAAUGACGGACAGAAUAAUGUGGGUGACAUUGUGGGAGGUUCUAUUGGUAUUUCCUUACUUGUAAUUCUUAUUAUUGUGUCAGUUGUCACUUUGAUAGUGGUCACCAUUUGUUGUGUCAAGAAACGUAGAGCAGCUAAAGCUAAAUUACAAAAUUCCACAGAAUUAAAAGGAAUUGUUGGAUCCAACCAAAUUCAAAUUGUGGUGGAUGGCAAAGAGGAUUUUUCUCAAGGUAACAACACUUCUUCGAGUCCUCUCCUCUUGAAUCAUGUCACUCAUCAAAAUACGUCAUCAACCCUCUCAACCAAUUCAUUGUCACAUCUAAACAAUGCGGAUUCCAAUUCUUCAGUUCAAUCACUCAUUGAAACCUAUCGAACGAUGGUCAGUUCAACCUCCUCGUCCAACAACAGUUCAAAUCCUUCCACUGCCAACAAUACCAUCAAUUUUUUGAGCGGAGGAAGUUUGCAACUUUCUGAAACUUUUUCAACUUCUGGACUCUUAAAAGAAAGAUAUCGAGUCAUUCAAAAGAUUGGAAGUGGAUCCUUUGGUGAUUGUUAUUUAUGUCAUGACACUAAAAAGCAAGAUUUGAAAGUGGCUAUUAAGGCCAUUAAAUUUGCAGGAAGCGACAGUGAAAAAAUUAUUUCAGAAUGUUCAAAAACAGCAACCAUUCAACACGAGCGAUUGGUUCAAGUCCAUGAAUUAUUCAUUUCUAAAGAAUUGCAAGCAUUUUGUAUGGUCAUGAAAUACUAUGAAGGAGAUUUAGAAAAGAUCUUGUACAAGUAUGAAAAACCUCUUUCACAGAAAAUGUUUUUCCAAUUAAUGAAACAAUUAGGAGAAGGUUUAGAUUAUUUACAUGGCGUGAAACAGUUGGUACAUCGAGACAUCAAACCAAGAAAUGUUUUUGUGGAUAUUUUCGACCCGCAACAAGAAAGAAUUUCGGUGGUGGUUGGGGAUUUAGGAGAAGCCAAAGAGUUAUUAUCGACUACUAAUAAUUCCAUUCGUGGAACGUUGAGUUACAUGUCACCAGAGGUCAUUGCUCAUGAAAAGUAUGGAUUUCCAUCCGAUAUUUUCUCAUUGGGAGUUUCCUUGUAUCAAAUCAUUACGAGAGAUCCUUUGGAGACGAGAAUUUCAAUCAAGUUAUUGAGUGAAUCUGAAGAUAAGGUUUUGGAGGAAGUGAAAAACAAGAUGAACACCAGUUGUCAACAGUUUGAAGUGUUUUAUGAUCCGAGAUUGAUCAAUGUUGUGGUGAACAUGAUGAGAAAGAAUCCACAAGAUCGACCAACUGCAAAGCAAAUCAAGGAAUUUGAAUUGUAA